CCUAGGUUUCCUGCGGGGUGUCACAGAUGUCCCAACCCUGUGUACCGGCCAGCGAAGGCGGCCUCUGCAACCUGUCCGUGGUGCUGGCUACGAGCCUGUUGUUCUGCAAGAGCUCUUUCGAGUCUCUCUUGUCGGGGGUCAACAGAGCCAAUGCAGAGACGCAUCUUGUAGAAUUUGUGGAUUUUCAGUAGCCAUUAUGGCAUACACGUACAUAGAUAAUUGAAUAAACGCUGGUUUCGGCUUGACCAUUUCGCCAAUGAUGUAUGGGCUCACGGUCACCGUGUCCCAUGUCUUGUGUCGUUUCCUCGCCUCUUUCUCCAUCUCUACCCUGCUUGACUGCCCCCACUGUAUCUGACUGUCUAUCAGGAGUAUGUAAGUAAAUACAGUACAG